AUGGGACCAUACCAUGUAAACAACUUCUUAACAGAAUGCAACUUACCACCAAUUAGUGAUACAACAUUACGCAAAAAGGAAAAAGAGUUCAGCAAGACAAUACAUGAUGCUGCUAUGAUCUCCUGCAGAGAAGCUCAACAUCAAGAAAUACUUCUAAGUCAUGAUUCAAACUCACAGUUGAUUUACCAUACUAUAGUAACUAAGAACUACAUGGAAGUCGACCAUGAUGUCAUUAAACGGAGUGAUUCCAACCUUUUCCGCAAAAACUUUACAGGAGAUCUACUACAAUUACACCAAAAGCACAAAAGAAGUAUAUCUACAACUGUAAUAGAUUAUUUUGUGAAGGACAAAUACGCAAUUAAACAAAAUAAAGGAGAUAUUGAAAAUUUGAAAUCUACCAUUGAUGCAAUUGUACCUCACGCAUUUGGAGACCACAGUCUGUGUUCCAGUUGGUGUGGUUACAUCAAAGAUCCCAUCGGAUACAGACAUAAAAGUUUACCAUAUGGCAAGGACUUAGAAGGAGUAGAAUUGCAACGAGAUAUUCAAACUGUUUUUUCCAAAUUCAGUGAAAAUACUGACAAAUUGGCCAAUCUAUGUAGUUCCCAAAGCAAUGAAUCACUGAACUAUAUCAUUUCAACAAAAGCCCCAAAUUCGAAGCAUUUCGGUGGAAGUCAAUCGUUGGGAUUUCGAGUGGCUUCAGCGAUAUCUCAAAAGAAUGAGGGCCGUAACUAUGUUGUUGAGGUCAACAAAAACCACAGCCUAUCUCCGGGUAAAUUUACGUCACAACAACGGGAACGUAUGGAUAGAAAAAGAAAGAGAGAAAAGACAAAAGCUGCCACCCCAGCAUUUAAGAGAAAACGAAGGGACAAAAAAGGAAGCAGAGCUAGAUCCGUAAGGUCCAAGGAAAUCAGAGAAGGCAACAGUUAUAGGUCGGCUAUUUCAAGCACAGACAAAGAGAGUCCAGACAUGGAAGAGAUCCCUGCACCAACUACCGAAAAUGACGACUUUACUUUACACUUGGGCAAAACGUCGACUGUUUUCUUUGAUUUGGAAACCGCUGGACUUGGUAUUUCUUGUGACAUAACACAGAUCGCUGCUGUAUGUGGGACAAAAAAAAUCAGCCAAUACGUUAUGCCGCUACAACCUAUUACCCCAGGAGCAUCAAAGGAAACAGGAUUAACCAGGACAGGGAAUGUACUCUAUCGGAAUGGUAUACCAGUACCAUACCAAAACAAAGAAGAAUGUUUAAAAGAGUUUAUCUUUUGGUUGCCAGAAAAUGCUGUGUUGUUUGGACAUAACAUCAAAUCUUUUGAUACAAAAAUUAUUAUUCAAGCUCUUACUGAUGAAAACUUGCUAAAUGGUUUUAAAGCCAAGUGCAACGGGUUCGUUGAUACUUUACAUGUUUUUAGAGCUGAAUAUCCCGAAAGGAAGUCGGAAAAGAAAAGUUUUAAGCAGGAGGAACUGGUGAAGGAUUUUCUCGGUGAAAACUUCAGUUACGAUGCACAUAACGCAUUGGGAGAUGUCUUGGCUUUACAGGAAUUAAUCGGAAAGGCAGGAUUUUCUCUUGCUCAUUUACAACCUCACAGUUUUUCUGUUGAUUUUGCUUAUCAGACUUUGAUAAAUAUUGAAAUUUCCAAUAGUAACUAUGAAUCGUUGAAAUUGUUGCCUAUCUCAGCGGGUAUGACUAAAAAAAUGGCUAAACCCGGACUUAUUUUAACAUCCAGCAUUUAA